GUACCUGACAGUUUGUCAAAUCCUCUAAUGGUCGACGGACUGUGAUAUGAUUUUUGUAGAUAGAAUAUCUUAAUUCUUCGUUUUUAUACUUGAGAUAAACGUUGAAACUCAAAUAAAUACGAUAAUUUCAUACAUUCGUACGCGAAAUAGUGCCAGACAAUAUGAAAAGUUGAUUGUAUUGAAGAAAAAUUUUCACGUAGGGAUUGGAAGACUAGAAGCUGAGUUUUGGCUUUUUAAAUAACUUUUUGAUGAUAAAUCUGUGGGUAUUGUGGGUCGAGCGGUGAAGUUUGAAGAUGACUACGUCUUCCGAGGACGUAUUGCUCAGCGUUAGCUACGUGAGGUUCAAGAAAGGUGAUGGCACUUUGUAUGUUAUGAACCAAAGGUUAGCAUGGAUGUUAGAAAACAGGGACACCGUUGCUGUAUCACAUAAAUAUGCUGACAUUAAAACACAAAAAAUAUCCCCAGCGGGUAAAGCAAAAGUUCAAUUACAAGUGGUGUUACACGAUGGGACAUGUUCUACGUUCCACUUCGUCAACCCUGCUGGUGCGGAGGCACAGGCUAAAGACAGGGAUCAAGUUAAGAUGCUGCUGCAAAACUUACUGCCAAAGUUUAAGAGACAGAUUGAUGAAGAGUUAGAGAUGAAAUCUAAACUAUUAUCGUUACAUCCUACAUUGAAGCAUUUAUAUGAAGACUUGGUGAUAUCGAAGGUGAUAAAUAGUGAAGAGUACUGGAACACACCCACACUCAAAACGUAUACGGAAUCUAAUAAUAUUAAGCAGGAGGCUGGUGUGUCUGGAGCAUUUUUAGCGGAUAUCCAGCCACAGACGGACGGUUGUAACGGAUUAAAAUACAACCUCACCCAGGACAUAAUAGACGCCAUAUUUAAAACGUAUCCUGCCGUCAGAAAGAAACACGUUGAUUAUGUACCGAAUAAAAUGACUGAAGCAGAGUUUUGGACUAAGUUUUUUCAAUCUCAUUAUUUUCAUAGAGACCGCAUUGCCUCAUCGUCUAGUAAAGAUUUGUUUGGAGAAUGUGCCAAAUUGGAUGACCAAGCCAUUGCCUCAGCUAUGAAACACACUACUCUAGAUCUCACAGUCGACCUCCCACAGUUCACGGAAAACAUCCCCUUACUGCCAUCAGAAGAUGAAAUAGCGCCAGAGAAGGAGAAGGGAGACAACGCGUCUAUACACAGAAACAUGAUCAAGCGGUUCAAUCAACAUUCUAUUAUGGUGCUCAAAGCUAGUCAUAAAACAAAUUCUAGUAAUAAUAAUAAUAACACAAGUAGUAAAACGACAAAUAACAACAAAGUUGUCGAGAACGGUGUGAAAGAAUCAAAUGGUGUAGCAGAGAAGAGAACAGCAGAAGACAGUAGUACAGAAGCGCCGGACAAGAAGAAGAGAAUAUUAGAGAAGAUACAUUAUGAAGAUCUAGAAGAUAAACCGGGUAAUGAGGAUGCGCAGGAAUUGAAAUUGUCAAAGAUAGAAAGAUACCUCCUAGGCCCGUCGAGUCAGUCGCAGCAAACUCACACACAUACACACAAUGCGCCUCCUCUAUCAGCGCUCUCUUCGAUAUGUCAGGCUUGGUCAAGCGGUCAGCAGUGCCAGCGGCCGGUGCGCGUGAGUGCGAGCGCGUGUGUCGGUGCGCUCGGGGAGCUCAGUCCGGGCGGGGCACUCAUGAGGCAUCACCAGGCCGCGUCUAUGGCACAAUUAAUACCUCCAGACGUGAAGUCAGAACUACACCGUAUCUACCUAUCAGGCGGCGAGUUGCUCCGCGAACUAUGGCGCUGUUUCCCUCAGCCCGGCGCCGCUACCGACACGGAGGACGCCACCGCUAAAGCAGAGAAGUUCUACGAAGCACUGCUCAGAUUUAGGAAUGUGAAAUUGAGGCCUUUUGAGGAGAAAAUGCUCCGUGAAUUAACGCCGCUAGCAACGACAUUGACGCGGCAUAUGAAUCAAAUGAUAGACACAGCUUGCGCAAAGUACGCGGUCUGGCAACAACGCCAAGCUAAACUGCGGUAGUAGUAAGUUAUACUCGUGUACCGUCAGCAGAAUCAGUUCAAAAUUUUAAUAAAAAAUAAACAAAUAAAAAAUUGUUAUCGAUUUUUUUAAUGCCAUGUUAAAUAAUUUGGAAUCUUGGAAUGAGGAAUUAAAUUGUAUUUUUUUUUUAUUUUGGUCGUUUUCUUUUUUUUUUUAAUUUUUCUUUGUGGUGGCAAAAGAGGUUUUACUAGUUUUGUCAAUUUAUAGUGUUCAUAUUUAGUCAUGUUUCUCCUAAUGACUAGUUUUGAUGUUGCCUUAUAGAUUUAGAAAUACCUUUCCUGUUUUAUUUUGGUGUAGUAUAAUGAAUAAUGUAACAUAACAAAUAAAUGUUAGGAAUUAGUGUUACUUGACACAAAACUUACUCUACUUGCUGAUAUAACAGUCAAAUUAAACAAAUAAGUGGCUCUUUAGUUUAUUUAUCAUAAAUAGUCACUUGAAAUGUCAAAAUAAGCAGCUAAUAUCGUAGUGUUUGUGGACCUACACACGCUUCAGAACAUACUCAUUGCAUUUUAAGAAUUUAAACGUACUAAAGACUCGAAUACACGCUUUAUUACAUUUAAACAAAGCAAUAGUUAGAAAAUAAAUAAUAAUAUUUACUAUUUAUGCUUCUCAACAGUUUCUGUGAUAAAUAAAUGAAAAAUAAAAUAUAUAAAUAACAUUUUUCUGCUGACGGUAUAUUUUUAUAAUAAAUAAAUAAAUAAAUACGCGACCAAAUUGUGAAAAUUUCGUUUUAGGAACGUUUAGUGAUGUGACGAGAGACCGAAUGCAUAAUAACCUUUUUUUAUUACCCGACUGCAAGAAGGGUUAUGUUUUUCCCCAAUACACUUUGGUACUGAAAUUCCUUUUGAAAAAGCAGACAAUAUUAUAUUAAAACGAAUGUGAUAAUCUACCUGAUAUAGUUCGGAUGAAUUUAAAUAAACUUUUAUUGUGAUUAUUAUCGUCUUAGAGCUUAUCCAUUGGAAUCUUAUCAAUAUUUUUAAUUGAAGCAUAAUUAAGGAAAUAUAUUUAUUUCCCAAUUGUUUUGUGUCCUUUGAUAAAUACAGAUGUUAUAUUUACCCCUUACUUGCAUUUAGAUUAGAUGUAAAUAUAUAAUAUGUAAAUUACGCACAAAAUUCAAUACGAUCUGUUGCUCUAAGAAUCUCAUAAUGAAAGUUCCAAAAACGUACAGAAAAAUCGAUGCGAUAUAUUCUAAAACAUAUAUGCUUUAAAGUCCCGGCUACAGCUUGUUUGCGCAACUUUGCGCAAAACUGUUCUUAGUUGCGCAAACUGUUACAGUGUUGCGCUAACUUCUUGGUGUAUAAAUUUGUGCAAAUUGAACUACAAAUCACGGUUUACUCACCUAUUUUUAAUGAAAAAGAAGCUCUACUACUGUCGAGUCACAGAGGGACUCUUCAUCAUGAACGCGCAUUAUCAACAUGACGUGGUGACGUCGCGUAGCCUACUCUGCAGGAGUAGGAUACGUUUGCAUACGCUGUUCAUGAUGAAGGGUUCCGCUGUGACUCGAAAUUAGUAGGGCAUUUCGGUUUAAGUGAGUAAACCGUCAUUUUUAGUUAAUUUAGUAUGUCUCACGAUAGUUAUUAUAAAAAUUGUGCAAAUUUAUGUUUGCGCAAGUUAUUUCAUCGUAUCUGAACAUAUGAACGCUUGUAAAUCAAUACUGCCCCUGUAAAUAGUUACUCCGUGUAUAAGACUGAAUUUUUACAAUCACUCUCCUUUUAUUUGUACUUUCUCGUCACAUCUUAACCGUAUUUGGCAAACAAAUUAUGUACAUAUGCCUGUCUUAUGUAUAAAUAAUAAUCUGUGAAUACCUAAAUCAUUUAGUUAUGUAAAUUGGGACUCUAUGGGCGGUUGGACUGUUGGUGAAGUAGUUUUGAAUUCAUUCAACCAUAUUAAGUAUCAGAAAUUGGCAUCAAAUUGUCAUAUUUCGAUUUCUUUUCAAAGGAAUCCUGCUAAAGGUAAACGUCCACAGGCCCGCAUUGUACGCAUUCCCUAUGACGUCAUUGGUACGUAUCGCAUGUAGGCAUUGCCGAUUAUGCGGUCCGUACAAUGCGGAUCAGUAGACGCAGUUGUAUGAGUUUCUAUACUAGACAAACUAAAAUCCGUUGCGUGCGAUGCGUACGAUGCGGGCCUGUGGACGCUUACCUUAAAUGUGAUGUUAGUUACAUGUUGAUGUCAUUAAAUCCUUUUUCGUUUGGUUCUAAAAUAAACUGAGAUUACUAUAGGGCUAGUACAAAUAAUUAAAAAAAUCACUUCACAAUCGUCCAGUCGUUCGAAAGAGAACCGCUUAGUGUACGUAAUAAAAUAUAAUUUAGAAUGAAAAUAAAUGCAUUUUGAUGAACCAAAUCUAACUGAAUGAAUAGUACUAAUUUAUUGUGUUCUCUCACUACGUUUCAAAGUGUUUGGGCACUGAUUGAAUAUUGUAAUACUUCACAUGCAUAGCUGUAAAGUAAAACUGCAUUGAAUUUGCACCGAGUUAUCGCACCACCUUCACAUAGUCAAAGCAUUUAUUUCAAUUAAUCCUCAAUUAAGCACUUUUAAAACGUCUAAUUGAAUUGUCCGUCAGUCUGUCUGUCAGUGAAACUAGGUGCUCGUUCCAUAGUGUGGCUUCGAAUGGAGGAGAACGAGCAAGAAGCUCCAUCGUGAAUCUUUUAAUAUUUUUUUUUAAGAACCCGAUAAACUUAUAUGACAGAUAGUCCAUACAAAUUACGUUCUUAAUUCUUUAGGUUCAAAACAGCUAUCUAGACUCUGUGAAAUAUGAUGUUAAACUCUUAUAAAAAUAUGUGCCAAGAGAUCAUUUUGUGAGCUAACAUAUCAAUAUGGCUUUUGACUAUUUGGAAAAUUGUUUUGUUUUUUGUCAAUUUAGUGCAGUUUUAUACCACACUAGUGUUCAAGCUGAAAUUGUUAGCAGUACACUCUAAUGGGAUUGUUAUUAGGUAAAUCUAUUGUGUUUAUGUAUUUUUAUUUUUGUUCUUGACUCAUAUUGAGAUAACUUUCAGCCACAGUACCCAUAGUACGAGUUUGCUUAAGUAAUCGGAAUGAGAACGCGUACGGCGUUCUAAUUGGUUGGUUUAUUCAAGCCGGCCAAUCAGAGCGCCGAACGCGCUCUCGUUUUGAUUACUUUAAAGUUUAAACGUAUAGCAAACUCAUAUUAAGGGUACAGCUAAGUGCAACAUUUACACUACAUUAAAUAAAAAAAAAUGCAGAUAAUAAUAUACAUAAAGUGAUCAUGAUUGUGUGUUUUAUGUUAGUAUAUAACAAACGAUUUUUUGGUAUAUCACCUCCCUGUAUCAAUGUAGAAAUAUUAAUAGUUUUUUUUUCUAUCAUCUGCCAGAGAGACAUGACAUUGAAAACAAGAAAAAAUCUCUAUGAGAACAAGAAAAAAAGAGAUGGUUAUAGAGUUGUCGAUAGUUGAGAAAAAUAAUUAAUACUAGGGUACUGUUUCACCACCUUCAUAUAAGUAUCCAAUAAUCCUAUGUGACAAAUAUGAAGUUCAUACAAAUUACGUUCUUAAUUGAAUAUAGCUUAUUUGGUAUAUAGCUCUGGCCAUUAUUUUAAACUUAGGAUAGCAUUCAGGGUUGACUGCUAACAAUUUCAAUUUUAAAUAUAAGGUGUUCUAAAAUUAUUUGCUCCGACUUUAAUGGGAGGUAGUGUUGUGUUUGAAGAUUACAAUAGUAAGUAUAAAUUAUCGAUUAUGAGUAUACAUUUUUCAUUAAAAUAAUUUACGUAUGAGUUUGUUUCGAAAGAGGUCUUAUCUCUUUCACUGUAUUUGUCGUACGCAUUACAUCGUCAAUGAAAACAAUUGAUAGCAAUGGUUUUUAUUGUAACGCAUCGUGCGUAUUUGUAAACCACUUUAUGCAGUCAAUGUGUAUUUAACUUCUUUAUGUUCUCAAAUUGAGUUACCUGGCCCGGAUCUACAAAAUUUCCACACAAUUGAAAUCUUCAAACACAACACUACCUCCCAUUAAAGCCGUGGCAGAUAAUUUUAAAACACCUUAUAUUAUAAUAGCAACAUUCUAAUACUCUAAUGUUCCACAUUGAACGUAACUGAUGUAAUAAUAAUAACGAUUGGCGACAAUAAUCGCGUUAUUUUACUUAGUAUAAGUUGGAAGUAUCCAAAUUGUCUCGUUACCAUACUUCUUUGGUGAUUUUUUUUUUAUAAAUUGUCAAUGAUUUCAAUGGCUGAUGUUAGCGUUUAUUUUUUUGGAUGGAUAUUUUGGUAUGACCGAGUUAAACUAUAUUAGUUUUUUUUUUGUGUCUGACGGCCGAUGGGCCAUGAAUGUGCUUGAGUGGCGACCACGGCCUGGAGAUUUGCGUGCGCAGAGUUCUUCCGCUAGGCGAUAUCGUUAGUGUCGCGGAAAGCCAUUGGAGUCCAUUCAUUAAUUAGGAAAAUAAAACUGGCAUAUCUAUACUAAUAUUAUAAAGCUGAAGAGUUUGUUUGAUUGUUUGUUUGUUUGUUUGAACGCGCUAAUCUCCGGAACUACUGGUCCGAUUUGAAUAAUUCUUUUUGUGUUGGAUAGUCCACUUAUCGAGGAAGGCUAUAGGCUAUAAAACAUCACGCUAUAACUAUUAGGAGCGAAGAAAUAAAGGAAAAUGUGGACAAAACGGGGGAAAUUUAUUAAUUCCUGAGGGCUUCCGUUGCGUGCGCUGCGAAAAUGGUUCAAGAUACGAAAAUUAUAUGUAUGAAAGAAUUAUUCCUCUUAAAAUGAUCUAAAAAAAAGUCCGCGACAGUAUAUGUCUAUCUUUUAGGAUUAACUUAUUAGAAUCGUUUUUGUGGUAAUCAAACUGGGUCGAAAUUAAUGCAUUAUUUGUUAAGAGUUGUAUUAACGAAAAAAUAUUAAUCUUUAUCGAAAUAAAUGUGUUGUUCAUUAAGAGUAUUUAAUUGUGAACAAAAUUGUCUUUGACAUCACUAAACUUCAAUAAACAUCUUAGAAGAUAUUACAAUUUUAAAAUAACUCCGAUAUAAAAUUCACCCGCGCCGCAUGAUGUACGAAACACGACGCUGCCAGGAGGAGAAGCAUUGUUUGCGAACGACGCGGAGCCUGGUGUAACUAUAGGUACUCAAAAAAAUUAUAGUCUUACUAACGAAGUAAAACAUUUUUUGAUCAUUGACCAUUGAAAGCGUUUGUUUACAGCGUAGAAUGGCAAAAAAGCGGUUUACCACACGCCCACAUUUUAUUGUGGCUGUCUAACAAAGUACAACCAGAUUCUACGUAUAGUGCAAUAAUAUCGGCUGAAACAUUUGACAAACAAAAAAAUCCAAUUCUUCAAUUUAUUGUCAUAAAAAUAUGAUAGGGUAUAAAAAUAUGGUCCUUAAGGAUUUCGUAACCUUGCGUCACUAUGUAUGAAAGAAAACAUUUGUUCUAGAAAGUACUCUUUCUUUUUUUUGAGGGGGGAAAAUCAUCCGUUGGCUACUCCUGCCUUGGGUGAAGCGAGAAGGAGUGUAAAAAUUACCCCGUUCUGAUUUGAGCCGGGGCCCCGGUAAUCUUUUACAUUGUCUGCAGCACCGGAUCGGGCAUCAGCCCUAUUGGGUCCCAUCUGUAGUGGCCUGGCUCUUUGAGGCGCGCACAGAACGCGACGCACGGUACGCACGGGUCUGGUUUUGAUCGGGCGACGAGCUACUCUUACUCGCCGUCCGCAGACCCGCGCUUACGGUGGCCGGGGAUCGUCACGCGAUCCUCGACGCCCGGAGUGUCUUCUGCGGCGACUGGGGCGUGAUGAGGAUCGUUCCCUCACGAGCUCCGCCUCAUCCUUAGCUAGGAUGACUGCUUCGCAGAAGGGGGAGACGGCGUCCCUUUCCCCCUCGCUCCGCACCUUUGCCUGAACUAGAGCUGGACCUGGGAGGUUACCGUCGCCAUUCACAUCUCUAAGGACAUGGCGAUGCUCAGCACAUGCAAUGCACACCGCCACUGUAUGCUCCACCAUAUCUUCCGGGCGGUCCUCGCAAUGACGACACCCAGACGAAACGCCCGGGUGUUUCCUCCCGCCGAAUUCGAAACAGGUACCAACCGAAACUUCCGUGUCCGGUAAGUACCUGCGUCAGGCGGUAGGUGAGGACGCCGUGACGCCUCUCAAGCCACUCUUCAUAGAGGGGACUUACCACUGCUAUAACGCAUAUAUAGCGGGCCCAUCUAAAAAGUACCCUAGGAAUUUUAUUUCUGAAACACAAACCGGGGUGGCGGUUACCCAACCUAUAGGCGCAGGUUUCCGGAAAACAGUGGAAACACAUAUAGUAUAGAAAUGAGUGUGGAUAUAAUCAUAAUCCAGUGCUAUCACGAAUUUUCAAUGCACAAAUUAACCGUGGGUAACAGGUAUAAUUUAUGAAGCUGAGAAAGUUGUUUGCAAAAAUAAAUAUAAUGCCUAAAAUAACUAUUCCACGCGGACGAAGUCGCGGGCACAGCUAGUAGAUUAAUAAAUCCAGUCAGUCAUAUUAUGACCAACUUCAAAAUGAGUAUCUUCAUGACAUACAAAAAAAAAAAAAAAAAUACUGCAUUUUAUUACUUUUUUCAGUCACCUAAUGAAGCCAUUGUUAUCAUGAGUUCUUUAGGUUAAAAAGAAUACGAAAAUUUUGAUAUUUUUAAGCAUUAAUGUUAACAGGUGUAUCACACACCGUUUAUUACAUUUGAUUGUUUUAUUCCUUGUUUUUAGUACGUUGCGACACAAAAUAGAAUGUGACUAGUAGUGUUGUGACGUCCAUGUGGUGUAUCGAUAAUUUUUUAUCGACUUCCUUAUGUGUUAUAGUUUAAUUAUUUAUAUCGAUAAUUAUGUGUUAUAUCUUCCACUAGUAUCUGUUUAGUGUAAUAUUUAUUUUAGAUGUACAAUGUUAAUUUAUAAAUAUGUAUGUUUCCGCAAAAAGUCCAGUACCUUUAAUACGAGUUUGCUUUACGUUAAACAAAAAUGAAACGGCGCUUUCGGCGCUGAUUGGCUGCUACGAAUGAACUAACCAAUCAGAGCGUGAAACGCCUUCUCUUUUCUAUCUCGUUAAACGUAAAUCAAACUCGCACUAAGACGUCAGACUUUCGCACUUAAACUGUUUAAAAGAUUUUCAACUAUACGUCUUUGCAAUAAACUUGAAAAUCGUUUAAACGUAUUGGGGUAUCUUGUUAUGCUGUCUUCUAUACAAGUGUUGCUUCUAUUUUGUGUCAAAAUUUAAACUUAUCGAAAUUAUGUAUAUUCAGUUUUGAAAUUAUGAAUUAUUUUUAGAUCUCUUAGAUAUAUGCGCCCGUUUGUAAUUGAUAUUGUUUUUCGUAUGUAUAAAAAUCAUUAGUUCAAUAGGCGGUUGAAAAUUUUUGAGCUAAAAAUUUUGUAUCAGAAAAAUCGAAUGAUUCGUACUACUACAAAUACAGAUAACUAAGUAUUUAAUUAUGUUAAGUUUCAUGUUACAAGCCUUAUUACGCUCCCGUUUACUUUAAAUUUUAAUUGGUUUAGUCGAGCCGGCCAAGCGCUCUCGUUUUGAUUAUUUUAAACAUAAAGCAAACUUGUACUAAAGGGUACUGAGCUAUUUUUUAAAUAAUUUGGGCUCAAAACUCUUCAGCCGCUUUAGUAAUUAUCAUUGUUUUAGUAUUGGCAUUGUUUAUAAAACUAAAACUAAAAUUAUAAUAAAACGGGUGUCAAUAAAAAUGUUCCUGAAGCAAUAUCUUCUUACAAUGUCUGAUCAUUAAGUUUUAUUUUUUGAAACUUAUUCAUUUGUGAUAGUAUACGUAAACGGAUAUUUUUGUUGUAGUCGUAUAGUGCACAAUAUUUUUAUUAUUUCAGAUAUUUCUAUGCUCUUUAGAAAUAACGGUUUUAUGUCUAGCUUGUCCCGUUUGUUUGUGUCAAAUAUUUUAAUUAGGCUUUUACAUCUUUCCUGACAUCUGAUCAAUCUGAUAUUUGGUACACAUUCCGUACUCAGAUACAUUUAAUGAUUACUUAAUUGCCAUAAACGUUCAUUGGCAACAAAAAACUCUUAAAGGCUAUUCCUCUACUAGUGUCGGACAACGCUUUCCGACAUGGCGUCUAAUGUGUUAAAUAACUCCUUAGUUAGAUUUUUUAUCGAAAACAAUUGCAAUUCAAUGACUCUGAGAAUGGUGGUAUCUCUUGAUGACAAUAUAAUCUAUUUUUUUCUAGGGAUUGAUUGCUAGAAUAUUAAAUCCGUUAAAGCCUAUAAAACCGAUUAACAUAAAACGCAUUUUUAUGUAUUACAUUUGAAUAGAUGCAACUUCGUGCUUGAAUUUGCUUCUUUGAGAUUACGUCGAGUAAAUAGCAGUACUGUGUUUUACUAAUAUUGUGCACUAAUAAAAUAAUAGUAUAGAAAUAAAAUGGCGUGCUGUUUCAUGUACGUGCACCGAAUAGUUCAUUAUUAUUAUUUUUCCUUAGUCUAUUAGUUCUUCAGUUUAAUUUAAAUACAAAGAUAUGAUUCGGUAA